AGAGAAUGGAGCCGAGCGAGGGUCGGUGGUGGAAACGGAGACGAACGGUGGAUUGCAAAGAUUAUUUGGGAGAGAGAAUCGACAGUUAGUGGAGAUGUAUUUUAAUGUGGGCAGCGAAGGACAGGGAGAAGGCAGGGAUGACUCCUAGCUUCUGGUUUGCUCGCGGAUAUUUGUUGAAUGAAGGAUCGAGGAACCCCACAGCAGAAGCAUCUCUGACCGACGCCCCCCGGCCCCGAAGCGGGAGGUUUCUGGAUCUACAUGCGGGCGCCGGGUGGAAGGGAGGAGGAGAAUGAGAAUGAACACAGAGCUUCGGUCCAGGAGGAGCUUCUGGCCCUGGUCUGAGCCAGGAGGCACCGCGAGAGGGGCAGGCCUUUCCCCUCUGGGCCCACGGUUUCCGCCUCACUCCUCCACCCGCGCCGGCCGGGACGCGCAGCGCCCCUCUCAGCACUCUGGAGGACUCGGCUCCCCGCCGGCGUCUGGGGGCGCGGCGCAGCGGCCCACCCCUCCACCCCCGACCCGCCCUGUCCCGGCGCCCACCCCGCCCAGUGCUCUGGAAAGCUGGGCGGCGGCUCUGAUCGUCCCGGAGCCAGGAACCGUGGGCUGCAGGGGAGCUGACAUGGACCCAAAUCCUCGGGCAGCCUUGGAGCGCCAGCAGCUCCGGCUUCGGGAGCGGCAGAAAUUCUUCGAGGACAUUUUACAGCCUGAGACGGAGUUUGUCUUCCCCCUGUCCCACCUGCAUCUUGAGUCACACCGACCCCCCAUAGGUAGUAUCUCAUCCAUGGAGGUGAAUGUGGAUACACUUGAGCAAGUGGAGCUUAUCGACCUGGGGGAUCAAGAUGGAGCGGACGUGUUCUUGCCUUGCGAAGACCCUCCACCAACCCCCCAGACGUCUGGGGUGGACGACCGUCCUGAGGAGCCGAGCCUGCCAGUGCCCACGCCAGAUAGGACGACGUCUCGUACUUCCUCCUCGUCCUCCGACUCCUCCACCAACCCGCACAGCGCUGAUGCCAGUGACGGCGGAACAGACACGCCCCUGGCACAGUCUGACGAAGAGGAGGAUGGAGGCCACGACGGCGUGGCAGUCCCCGGAGCCUGCAGCUAGCAGUGGGCCCCCACCCACAGACUGUGUGAGCUGCCUCGUCUCCACUGGAGACCCCAGGCCCGGCCAGAGCCCUUCGGAGAAGACCAGACUCUUUAGUGCAGUAGGCACCAGGGGGAGGAAAGGAGGGUGGGCUGGUGUGCCUUCCUGGGAAUUAACCCGCUCCUGCUUUACUGCUAACCUUCCCCUGCUGCAUCCUUCCGCUGUCUGUUAGAAUAUUUGGAAUUAGCUGGGCAUUUGGAAUAUAGUUUUGAACAAGAUGGGCGCCCUGCCUUCAGGAGGGAGAAAAAAUGAAGAAAAUACCGUGGUUUUGGCUUACUGCUGAAGUAGGGCCCACGAGUGAGGAGAUGGAAGACGAGCUAGGACGAGACGCCACUGCUUUUCUUAGCGCUCUUCCCUCCUCCAGACUUCCCGAGUCUCCUAAACCAGUGUCUCUAGGCAGCCGUGAACUCCUUAACCCUCCCAGGGAGAUGGUCCUGCAGCCAUCCUGCUUCCUUCCGUCCUUUUUGGAACAGGGCACGGCGUGAAUAAUAAACAGAUAACAACAUA